CUUGGUUGGUUUUUUUUCUCAACCCUCAUCCGCACCCGUCCGUCGCGCGACCGACCCAAGGCAGCACAUCCCUCCCAUCCCCGUCCAGAAUUUCCCGCCUGCCUCACAUCCUCCCUCCCAUCCUCCUCAUCUGCGCCGGGCUUCGCGUGCCUCGAUCGAUUCCCUUUCGAUGUCAAUCGCAUCGGGACGCGCCUUCUUUUGAUGAAUCUCUCCUUUCUGUUCUUCUAGACCCGCGACACGUUGCGCCUUUGUUUAUCCUGUUUUCGAGCAAGCAAAAGGCCACCGUCGCGCCCUGAUUCCAUCGCCUUCGCCUUGGCUGUCGAAGCUCGAUCCAGUCUACCCACCCAACCCCCUCCAACAGCGCGAGCCUCCUGUCUCGGUUUCACUCGAACCUCGACGACGGCCUUGCCCCGCUGACCCUUACCGCCCCACGCGACGCCUCGCGACUGCUUGUCCCGCCCGAUCCCCUCUGUCGACGCGGUCCACUUAAUCCUGCCAUCGAAACCAUUUUGUUCUUGGAUGCGCUGCUCCCCACAAUAGAUCCUCGCGAUCGUCUGGUCUCAUAAUGGACGCCUCGACGCGACAGCGUGGCAUUCGCCCCGGCCAGCCAGCCUCCUUCAGUGGCUUCCCCUCUAAGCUCCGUAACGAGCUCGGCGACGAUGUCCGCGGCCGAUCUUCGUCACGACCCAUCGGCAGCUGGAAGUCCACGGGCCCUCUCGCCGGUAGCCAAGCAGGACCAUCAUCUUUGGUCUCGGGCAGGCGCCUUUUCGAUAGAAAACAGCAGAGACAGACUUCCAACUCGCCCGCCAACACGCCAGGCAAGCUCUUCGGCAGGACAGGUCUUAGCAAUGGCAGCACCCCGAAAUUCACCUUCUCCCCCCGCUUGCCCCCCAACGCAUCCCGCGAGAGCUUCACUGCCGUCACUCCGGGACGGUCGUUCCGCGCCUCCACUGCCGACCUCAGUGGGCGAGCCAUGUCCAAGACAUCCUCGACCAACCUCUUCCCAAUGAGGAUUGCCUCUCCCCCACCCGAGCUCGAUGGCGAGGAGCUGGCUAAGCAGGUUCCCGACAGCCCUGAUAGGGUAGGCUCUGUCUACGCUGAUGAGUUCCUGUCCCACCUCGUUCCCGCCGAGCUGGAUGACCUCCAGCGACGACAGUUUCUCUGUGUCCUCGAUCUGCGACGGUUGAAGUAUGCCGCCUCCGAGAUCUUCGCCAAGAAGGACUGGAGAGUUAACAUCAUGAACUUCGCGAAGGAGUAUGAGAAGAGCCGAAGCUUGAUCAUGCUGCGUUACGGCCUCUACGAAUUCAAAACCGUUCCCGCUUCUAGGGAGCUGCUGAAGAAGUGGAAGCAGGAGCACAAUGUGCCAGAGGAUGAGGAGAUGGAAGAGGCCGAGGCUCCCAAGGUCAAUGGAACCUCUAAUAACUUCAGAUCCUCGACGAAGAGACGAGCCGCAGAUGACGAUGCGCCGAACAAGCGAAAUCGUGUCACAGAGCGGGAGCCUCUGACCGAGUCAACGGCCCUUACCUCGAACGCGGGUGCAACCCCAUUCGUGAAGAAGACCAAACGCGGCGCUGAGCAUCUAGACGAGGAAGAGAAUCAGCCCAGCAAGAAGAAGUCUAGCACCCUGUCGAUCUUCGAGGAUGUGGCCAACAGCUCGCCAGCACGACAAGCCGCGAGCCCCACGAAGUCUGCCCCCAAGAGCUUGUUUGCACAGGCGCCCGCGCAACCGAAAUUUGGCGCCGCAGCUAAGGUCUCGUCAGCUAACAUUUUCGGGCACCUAUCUGAGCAGAACUCGCCUGAGGGCAGUGAUGAUGAUGAGGACAACGGUGGCGGAUCUGAGGAUGCAGAGGCCGAGGAGGAACCGGCAGCCCAGACCCCGGCGCCGAAAGCACCUGCCACCAGUGCGCCAUCGCUCUUCGGCACCAACAAGCCGAGUGACUCCACCGGAGUCGGCUCCCAGGGCACUGGUCUGUUUGGGCGCAUCACCAAGGGCGGAGAUGGUGAGCCUGUGCGAGCCCCAGCUGAUGGCGCCACUGGUCUCUUCGGCACGAAGCCGCCGGCAAGUCCGACGAAGGAGGCCCAGGAUAAGACAUGGAACCCGAACACACCCAUCAAAUUUGGUGGUGCAGCUUCCCAACCUGGCCCCUCUCUCUUUGGUGGACUUGGUGGAAACACAAGCGCCCAGCCCAGCUCCAUCUUUGCCAACAAGCCCAAGGACAGCAGUGCGCCCCUCUUUGGGUCGACUACUCCAAAGGCCAGUGCGGCACCGGCUUUUGGCACUCAGGUGCAAGACUUUGCGAAGGAGACACCAAAACAGGCCGCGCCGUCGUUGUUCGGCCAGCCUUCAAAGACCUCGGAAUCGAGCGGUGGUCUCUUCGGGAACGCCUCGAGCACACCUGCCUUCGGCGCAUCCACGCCCGCUCAGCAGAAGUCUGCUGAGCCGGAAUCCUCUGCAACGCCUGCGACAGGUCUUUUCGGACAGUCCACUGCUGCAAGCACGACGCCUUUUGGGAAGCCUGCUGAGACCCCUGCUACUCAGGCUCAGCCAACGUCUAUCUUUGCCGGUCUAAACACACCUGCCACUGCGGCCCAGGCUUCAGCACCGUCGCUCUUCGGAACGACAAGUGACAAACCCAGCGGUUCCCUGUUCGGCGCGAAGAGUGACGAUAAGCCGUCAUCCGCGCCGUCGUUGUUCGGGGCUCAGCCAUCGACGUCGACACUGUUUGGCGCAAAGGCCAGCUCUGGCGAGGAAAAGAAGGAGGAGUCGGCCCCGAAGAGGAAGAAGCCCGACUCCGAUGAGGCUGGUGCAGUUUUUGGUAGCACAUCUGCCGAGCCAGCAUCCAAGAAGUACUCAUUCGGAGGCAACGCCCCGACACCCGCGGCCAGUCUACCACCCAAGACUGCGGAAGCAGCUAAGGGCUCCACAGAAGCUGGCGCUGUCUUCGGCAGCGGCUCGCAAGACGGUGGCAAGACAUACAGUUUUGGAAGCACCGCUUCUUCCACACCUGUUCCAAGCUCAAAGCCAGCAGAUACUCCUGCUCCGUCUCUAUUUGGAAACCCAGUACCCCAGGCCGAGCCAGCCAAGCCACAACCUAGCAUCUUCGCAAACGCUCCCACUUCUUCCGCCCCCAGCUCGGGCUUCACCUUUGGCGGAGCCUCGAGCACACCCUCAAGCAACCUUUUCGGGGCCCCAUCUGGCAACGACAACAAACCCUCGAGCAAUCUGUUCGGUGCUCCAUCUGGGAAUGACAGCAAACCUUCGAACAACCUGUUUGGGGGCGCGUCGGGGAUGGACGGCAAUAACAACAUCGUAAACCCGCAGUCGAGCUUCACAUUUGGCAGCACGCCAGCGCCCGCGCCGGCUCCAGCGACUGGCUCCUUCACCUUCAACGCAGGCAGUGACCAGGGCUCCUUCAAGAAUCCCUUCUCGGGUGGGGAUGCUACUGGGGUCUCGUUCGAGUUUGGAGCGACUCCGGCCCCAACUCAAUCAGCCAGCACGCCGUUCCAGUUUGGAAACACCACUGCUCCAGCUGCUCCACCUUCGUCCAGUUUCACUUUCGGUGGGGACUCACAGCCCGCGACUAAUGGCCCCUCGUCGUCCAGCUUUACCUUUGGUGGCGCCUCUCAGCCUGCGAACAAUGGACCCGUCCCGUCGUCCAACAUGUUUGGAGGCCAGCAGCCGAAUGGUGGAUCUUCCAUGUUCAACUUUGGCGGCGCGCCCCAGGCACAGUCCCAGCCAACCACUUCCGCCAACAUGUUCUCCGGUCAGCCGGCCAACGCGGCGCAAGGCAUCUUUGCUGGUAGCCUAGCGCCCCCGGCUGGAUCUUCGACUGGCACGAGAGCAAAUUUCCCUAACCGAAGGUGGGCCCGGGGAAGAGGACGAGCAGGUCGUUCAUGAGGUGCGAGCCAAGGCUCUCCGGCUGGCGCCCAAGUCCGAUGACGACGACGAGAAGGACAAGGGUGCCAAGAAGAACCCAUGGAAGACAGAAGGGUUGGGACCCCUCAGGCUUCUCAAGCACAAAAGCACCGGCGCUGUGCGCAUCCUGUUGCGUGGCGAGCCUCGUGGUAAUGUCGCCAUGAACAAGACGAUUCUGCCCGAGUUCGAUUACAAGGUUGACAAGGGCGCAAAGUGGAUUAAGGUUCCCUGCGCGAAGGAAGACGGCAAGGGCCUGGAGACCUGGAUGCUCCAGGUUAAGACCAACGAGCUGGCUGUCAAGCUCGCCGAUGCGCUCGAGGAGCACAAGAAGGCGAACAAGAAGUAGAGCGGACGAGAGUGAGAGGGCACGUUAAUCUGAAGCGGGCAGAGCAAGGGAAAGAAAAGGAAAAGCAGCCGUGGCAUCUGUACUAAAAAGAAAGGGCAAAGCGCAGGCGUUGGACCAAGUGGUUUCAAUUGUGGGACUGGCGCAGAUAUAUGGUGAUACCAAGUGGUACAUACAAAGCACGAAUUAUGGAGGAUGAUGUGCCAUUGGCAUCGAGUGUUUGAUCACUCGAGACGCUGCUGGGGAUGGGAAGACUCGGUAGUCAUGAGGCAACUACUAUUACUAGGAGCAGUAUUGGACCCCCGUUGGUUUUGGUCUUGUUUGGUUGCUUUUCCCCCUCCAACCGCCUCUUCCUCUCCCUUGACUUAUUUUGCUGCAUAGCAUUGGCAUCUUGUAUGGAGUAUGUACACCACCCCCUCGUCGUUCAGGUGAUUUCGGCAUCUUUAUUCUUUUUUUGGCAGCUCGGAGAAGGUCAGCAAACGGAGCACAAAAAGGCACAGAUAGUCCCCAUCGGAAAUACUGAAAUCAAAGAUUGUUGUCUUCCACAUUGUAUGGCAGCAGGUUGACUUUAGACCUCCG